AAGUUUAUUUCCCGAGAGACAAGCGGAUCAGAGACAAAAUCAGAGUCGGUUUCUUGCUUUUUGAUUCCUCUUUAUUAAUCAGCAAAGAUCGAUUCCACAUCUCUCUCCCUCUUCUCUGUUCUUGUUCAUCUUUUUUCUUUUCUCUGUUUUUGAGCGGGGUUAAAGAGAUGGCUAUACAAGCGCAGUUGAAUUACAACGCUUCGAAUGCGAAUCAAAUCGGUUUUGGUGGGUCGGAGUUUUCUUUGAUCAACAACAAUGGCGUUAUCGGAAUCGGAAACGAUCAGUCUUAUCAUCAUGUCAAUAAUCUCCAGUACUCGCAGAAAGAUUUCAACCAGCAAGCUCUGUUUCAUCAUCAGCAUCAACAACAACAGUUUCGUUCUCAAAGCUUUUUAGCUGCUCACAUGGAGAAACAGAAGCAAGAGAUCGAUCAGUUCAUCAAGAUACAGAACGAGAGGUUGAGAUAUGUGUUGCAAGAACAGAGGAAGCAAGAAAUGGAGAUGAUCUUAAGGAGAAUGGAGAGUAAAGCUUUGGUUUUAAUGAAUCAGAAGGAAGAAGAAAUGUCAAAAGCAUUGAACAAGAACAUGGAACUCGAAGAUCUGUUGAGAAAAAUGGAAAUGGAGAAUCAGACGUGGCAGAGAAUGGCUCGUGAGAACGAAGCAAUGGUGCAAACGCUUAACUCAACUCUCGAACAGGUUCGUGAAAGAGCCGCCACGUGUUACGACGCUGGUGAUGCGGAGGUGGAGGACGAAGGGUCGUUUUGCGGCGGAGAAGGGGACGGGAAUAGCUUUCCGGCGAAGAAGAAGAUUAGUAGUUGUUGCUGCAAUUGUGGGUCUAACGGAGUAACGAGAGUUCUGUUUCUGCCGUGUAGGCAUCUCUGUUGCUGCGUGGAUUGCGAGGAAGGUCUUGUUCUUUGUCCGAUCUGUAAUACCCCCAAGAAGAACAGAAUCGAGGCCUUAAUAAUCUAGGAAAAAUCCUUUCUUUUCUCUCCUCUUUAGGUAUAUCGGAAAAAUGCUUGCUUUUGUAUUCCGGUGAACGGAGAGUUUUUUACUCCGGUAGAUGACGUGGCAGGGUAAUUUGGUAAAAAUAGGGGAGAAAAGGAAAGUGAGAUUAGGAAAAGUUUAGAAAUAGAAAAAGGUUAUCUCA